UUUCACUUUUAUUUUAGAAAAUAACCUACUUCCGCUUUUUGCGGAACUUGCUUCCGGUCAGAGCGCGCGUUAUCUCUGCCUUCACGCUCGUGUGUCUUGUUAUGGUGCGGGCCGCCCAGAGGAAGCCCCUUCAGCCUGCUAGGAGAGCGUCUGUGUUUCAGUCGGACCUGAGCUCGGGACCCAGCAGUUACCCGGGCUGGAGAUGGAGAUAUCCGUGGAGGCGGAAGAUGGAGAGCGCAGAUGGGAACACUGGAAGCUUCUGUCUAAUCUGAAGACGACUGUUGAAGGGCUGCUGUUCACCAACAACCCUAACGUGUGGUCCCGCUAUGGGGGUCUUCAGCGCCUGCACAAGGACAUGAACAACAUCCUGGGCCACAGCCUGAAACACGAGCAGACCUACUAUAAACAAAAAGACUACUGGCGUUUCGUGUGGUGUGUGCGGUAUCUCUGUCCUCAUCUCGCCCGUCAUGUAGAACAGUUCAGUCAGCUGGAGCCGGUGUUGAGCAGUGGCGUUCAGUGCUUUGGCGAGGGUUAUAAAGCCGAGCGUUGGCUUUUACACAGCCUCCAAGGUCACAUCUUAUCUGCCCAGCUCAAACCACUGCUGCAGCAUAAGACAAACACACAGAAAUAUUACAAUGACGGGGCCUUCCUGUUGAGUGAACCACACGUGUCUGCCAUGUUCCAGUGUCUGGAGGCCGUAGAGCAGAACAACCCUCGACUGCUGGCUCUCAUAGACACCGGCAGGCUUUCACAUGUGAAAGAGUCUCCGUUUGGUUUGCUGAAGAGUCAGAGUUUGUGUUUGCUGCCCGGGGCCACAGGAAGUUGGAGGCCUGCGGACAAUUCGCAGUCCCGGCGGCUCACCACGUCCCAGAGCUGCCUUACAGAGCUUCCCAACACCCCACUCUCCAAGAGCAGCUCAGAUGACGCUCCGUCCAGCAGUACUCAGGGAGCUCCAUGGCUCCAUAGAGGCAACCGAGACACAGGAGUCCCCCAGAUCUCCUUCACUAAGCCCGCCUCACCUGCUCCGCCCGAGAUCCGGGAUUGUGUGGAAGCGGAUCUGGAUGACGGCCCGGAGUACCUGGCUAUCGGUAAUCUGGGGAAGCACAAACGGCGCGACUCGUCCAGCUCCACUCAGAGCAGUGAACACAUGGGGACUCAGGGCAACACCCACACUCCUUCGGCUCCGCCCCCACAGCGCCGCUGCUCCUUCUCAGAGGCUCAGAGAACCACAGGGCGGGGCUCGAGGGGCCACAUCCGCUCUCUGUCCGACACCGACGUCACACAGAAGCAGAAAAAUGGAGGGAAUCACAGGAAAAUCACCAUUAUUAUCGAGGACCCCGUCGCAGAAUCUGUCGUGGCUACACCAAUUUCAAAGAGCUGUGGUCCUUUCUCACCCCAGAGCAGUGACAGCAGCGCUAACAGUUCCCUUUAUAUGGAGUCUAACAGCAGCCAGUUCAACAGCGUCCCAGACGGAUUGUUCCGCAGACCGUCCGAGGGUCAGAGUCUGAUCAGCUAUCUCUCUGAGCAGGACUUCGGCAGCUGUGCUGAUCUGGAGAAGGAAAACGCCCACUUCAGCAUCUCUGAGUCUCUGAUCGCAGCCAUCGAGCUGAUGAAGUGUAACAUGCGCAGGCCGGUGGAGGAGGCGGAGGAAGAGGGCGACAGCGACACGGAAAUCCAGCAGCUCAAACAGAAAAUCCGUCUGCGCAGACUGCAGAUACACCGCACACGGAUGAAGCCACUGGCCUCCUCUAGUAAUCAAAUCCCAUCUGUGGAUAGUGGCGGCUCACGGAGGAACUCCCAGGAUUCCUUUCACCCCUCUGACUCUGGCUCGGAUAGAGACGUGGAGGAUUUCGAGCUCAAAGAUGGCAGUGAUGGGCAGUCCCUGCUGGCGGUGUCUCAGAGCGGCCUGUCCCUGUCACUCGCGUCCCUCUUCUCAGAUGCAGACAUCAAACGCAGUGCGUCCAGCAGCAGAUCCUUCCUCAGCUCAGACUCCAUCUCUCCAUCCAUGUUACAGUCCAACUCAGCAGAGUCGGUGGCGAUGGGUCUCCUCAGACAGUUUGAGGGCAUGCAGCUGCCCGCCGCCUCAGAGCUCGACUGGCUGGUUCCAGAGCACGACGCCCCUCAAAAACUCCUUCCAAUACCAGAUUCUCUUCCCAUUUCACCUGACGAUGGCGAACACGCGGACAUUUACAAAUUACGCAUCCGAGUGCGAGGAAAUUUGGAGUGGGCUCCUCCCAGACCACAGAUCAUCUUCAGCAUUCACUCUCCUCCAAAGAGGAAGGUGGUGGUGGCGAAACAGAACUACCGCUGCGCUGGCUGCGGCAUUCGCAUUGAUCCAGACUACAUCAAGAGGCUGAGGUACUGUGAGUAUCUGGGCCGGUACUUUUGCCAGUGCUGUCAUGAGAACACACAGGCUGUAGUGCCAGGAAAGAUCCUCAGGAAGUGGGACUUCAGUAAAAGCUACAUCAGCAACUUUUCCAGGGACUUGCUGGCUAAGAUUGCAGGAGAUCCUCUCUUCAACCUAAACGACAUCAACAGCGGCCUUUACAAGAAGGUCAAAGCCCUGGAAACAUUGCGCGCAUUGAGGGAACAGUUGAACCACAUGAAGAAUCUCUUAAAAACGUGCCGUUUGGCUAAAGAGGUGCUGGAUCAGUUUGACACACUUCCUGGACAUCUGACCGAAGACGUUCACCUGUUCUCUCUCAACGACCUCACGGCUGUCCGCAGCGGCAGUCUGGCGCCAAAGCUGCGUGAUCUGCUCCGCCUCGGCUCCAGCCACGUCACGGACUACAUUAUCUUCCCCUACGAGCUCAGCAAGUGCCUGCGCUGUGAAGAUUGUCAUGCAUGCUAUCAUAAGACCUGCUUUAAGGGAGGGAAGGCGUGUCCUCGCUGUCUGAGACUUGCCGAGAGGAGAAAGCGGAUGGCUCGCAAGAACAUGGAGGAGCAGGAGGACAGAGAAGCAGACGAGGCCGGUGGGACCUAACACACAAUGCCAGUAAGAUUUAACCAGAGCACAGCACAACAGUGAAUGUAGUGACUGAUAUUCAGCCAAACGUUUCUUGAUUCCCGUCCCAAAUAAGCUGCUCUGAAAGUCCUGCUGACUGCAGCAUAAUGGAUUAUUAAUGCUAAAGAGUUUUAUGUGCAAAGAAGACAUUUCUGCUUUUAAGGACUGCUGCCUUCAAAUA